AUGACUAAUAGAGGAACAGGAUUCUCACCUUUGGAAGCUACCAUUUUGUCAAAGCCUCAUUUGGAAACCACUAUACCAACUUUACAACUCAAAUCACAGGAUGCAGCAAGAUACUUGGAGCAGCUCAAAACAAAUCAUAUUGAUAAAUUAAAGGAAAUAAGACAAAAUCUUAUCAAGAGCAAGAUGCUACCCAGACAGUGUUUUAAGAAAUUGAGAUUGCUGGCACUCAGGAAUCCGGAAUGCAAAUCAAAUUGGUUCAUGGAGAUAUUUAUUCCGAACGUGCUAAAGUUUCAACGGGUAUCGGGAAAUGCGGGAAAAAUUUUGUUGUUAUUAGACAAUGCUCCAGCUCAUCCACCAGCGGAGGAACUUAAUGCUGUCAACGAAAAUGUAGAGGUGGUUUAUUUACCUCCUAACGUGACGGCCUUGAUCCAACCUAUGGAUCAAGGUCCGAUAUCACUAACAAAGAAACGGUAUAAAAAAAGUUUGUUGCGAAAUUUAAUUUUUGCUGAUAGAUUGCAGGGUGCUGAUAACUAUCUUAAGAAUUUAAACUAUCACGAUUGUUUUCCGAUUUUAAAUGAAGCGUGGAACAGCCUAAAAAACUCGACUCUAGAAAAGGUUUGGAAACAUCUUUUAGGAGAUUUAUGCCAACCAGCUAACUGUCGACAGUCAUCAGUCGCAAGUGAAAGUUCUAAUAACUUUUCACAGUUAGAAACUAAUGAAGCUGAUGCAGAUGAAGUAUUGGAGAACAUAAGAAUUCCUCCUGAAAUCAGCGCCAAUUUAUCUCGUCUCUCCUUGGAACCAAAUUCGGAAGAAGUUUUGCAAAAUUGGUUUGACGCAAUCGAUGAAACUGAUUGUGGCUGGGAACCAAUGUCAGACAUAGAUCUUGUCCAAUUCGUGCAAAAUAAUAGAAUUGAGGAAACAGAAAUUGACGUAGUCACGAACAGUGAAAAUAGUUCUGACAGCUCAUCAGUUUUCCAAACGGGGGAAAUAUCAUCCUCACAGGCAUAUGGAGGAUUACAAUUAUUUCAAAAUUUCGCUCGCAAAAAAGUUUCACCAGAAGAAUAUAACAAAAUUCUAUUAUGUCUCAAAGUAGCAAAUGACAUAUUAGAGGGCCGAGAACCAGAAAGUUCUCCUCAAAAAGAACUGAAUUCAGUUUUUAAACUAUAA